GCUCGCUGCCACCGCCGGACCGCACAACUGCCGGCGGGCGCGGUCCGGGCGCGGAGCCACGGGAGGCGCGGGGCGAGAGCGGAGCCUGGUGUUGGAUGUGGGAGCGCUGGCGCGCCCGGAGGCUGCGAUGAAGCCGAGCGGCGAGGACCGGGAGGCGCAGGCCGGGGACCCUUGGGAGGAGUGCUUCGAGGCGGCCGUGCAGCUGGCGCUGCGGGCGGGACAGAUUGUCAGGAAAGCCCUUUCUGAGGAAAAACGCGUGUCAACGAAAACGUCCGCGGCGGACCUGGUGACGGAGACGGACCAGGUCGUGGAGGACCUGAUCCUCUCGGAGCUGCACCAGCGCUUCCCCUCACACAGGUUCAUCGCAGAAGAGGCUGUGGCCGCUGGGGCCAAGUGCGUGCUCACCGCCAGCCCCACCUGGAUUGUGGACCCCAUUGACGGCACCUGCAACUUCGUGCACAGAUUCCCGACCGUGGCCGUGAGCAUCGGGUUUGCCGUGGACCAGGAGCUGGAGUUCGGGGUGAUUCACGACUGCACAGAGGAGCGGCUGUACACCGGCCGGAGGGGUCGCGGCGCCUUCUGCAACGGCCAGCGACUGCACGUGUCCACGGAGACAGAGCUCUCCAGGGCCCUGGUUCUGACGGAAAUCGGGCCCAGACGUGAUCCCGCGACGCUGAAGUUGUUCCUGAGCAACAUGGAGAGGCUGCUCCGCGCCAGGGCCCACGGGGUCCGCGUGAUUGGCAGCUCCACCUUGGCGCUCUGCCACCUGGCCUCAGGCGCUGCCGAUGCCUACUACCAGUUUGGCCUGCACUGCUGGGACCUGGCUGCCGCCACCGUCAUCAUCCGGGAAGCAGGUGGCGUGGUGAUGGACACGUCGGGUGGGCCGCUCGACCUCAUGUCUUGCAGAGUGGUUGCUGCAGGCACACGGGAAGUGGCGAUGCUUGUGGCUCAGGCCCUCCAGACGAUUAACUACGGGCGGGAUGACGAGAGGUCUCACUGGACGCAUGUACUGAUAACAUGCAGUCUUGACUUUUUUCCAGAAUGCAAAUCUCAGGGAGCUUGCGUGUUACAGCCCGAAGUCGACGUGUCUGCUGUGUGUCCACCACCUCUGAUGCCACUGUUGAAGUGACUUUGCACCGCUGUCCUGGCCAUUGGGCUGUGGAGACACACGUAGGACGGUGUUUUGUCUGAGCUGCGUUUCACCUCGUCACCUUUAGCCUGGGGCUGCAGCCCAUCGGGGCCUGGGGGCUCCCAUCUUUCUUCCAGCGUGAGGACAGUCUCUGGAUGGGGGAGAUGUGGGUGGGGUCGUGACCAGCACAAUCCCCCAGCACCUCCUCCCAGAACUUUCAGGCUCUGGGGACCCCACUCCCCGCCCUGGGGUGGCCGUUCGCGCCGCUUGUGAGCACGUUUGAUGGUAGCGCCGUCGGCCCACAGGGCUGUGUGGGCUCUCGCCACCUGUCUCGUGGGAGUCUGGAGUCACCAUGCCGUGCUGUGCUGAUGCCCCAGCCGCUAGCCUCACGUGGCUGCGGGAGCUAAA